AUGAGCACCCUCUCAGUCAACUACGAAAGUGACACGGCCAGCGAUGAGCGACCAGUUUCACAACCCUCGCGAACCAAAAUCCAAGCAAAUUUUCAAAUCGCCCGCCCACCACCAAAAUCAUCACUCCGGCUCUCCGCAAAGUUAUUACUGCAAAUCCAACAACUCUCGCACAACCACCGUCCAGUCCCCGUUCUAGAAAUAUGGCAACCGCCAUUGCGCAAAUCAAAAUUGACUCGCGAGUUUCCUCAACGACCAAAGCUACGGGCGGGCGAUAUCUACGCGACUCUCGAUGAACCAUACAUUCCCAGCGCACCCUCGGUACGGAAGGACUCUACGAGAUCUGACUCGCAAGAGAGCACGAACAGCAAUCUUCAAAAUAAGGAUAUAGUGUCAGCCAUCUGUCAAUCAUCGAGUGGCGAAGCCAAGACCUCAAUUAUACACUUUCGCGACGCUCAGUGCAGCUGGCAGGCCAGCGUGGGCACUGCAGGCCCUGAGAAAACACUAUGCUACCGAUUUACUAUCAACGAUGAAAACAGAGACAAGAGCGACCCGGGCCGAAUGAUUAUGCAAUGGGAAAAGCGCGGCCUUGCUGGCAAGGACGAGAAUUCUUCGCACUCAUUCAAUUCAGACCAAUUUGUUCUAGUUUUGAUUGAUCGCCAGGCACGGCGGAAGAGUCGCAUAGCAACCAUGACCCCUGGCGGGCUGGAAAUCAUGGUCCGGAAAACCUCUAUCAUGGAGCACCUGCAGAUGUGUUUGGACUUGACAAAUCCUAUAUCGACAGCAACGAGUGGCGAUCUGGACGCCCACGAGAACUUAGAAAUGUGGCUAUAUACGCACGUUCUUACCUUAGGUAUAUGGGUGGCCCAGCAAGAAGGUUGGCUUGGUUGA